GGUCGGAAUGGAUAGGUCAGAUAUCGUUUCGUCGGUGAUAUUUUUGUUAAUAGCUGCCGCAGUGUACGCAAUUUACGUAUGUAUACAACGUCUUGGAAUAGUUUAUCAAUUCUUUCAUAAGGUUGAUGAGACAUCGACACGCAAUGGAGGUGAAUUGGUGGCUGAAGUUCUGAAGUCUCACGGUAUAAAGUAUCUAUUUACUUUGUGUGGUGGUCAUGUGUCUCCUGUAUUAGUUGGAGCAGAGAAAGCCGGUAUACGAGUUGUUGAUGUCAGACAUGAAGCAACAUCAGUAUUUGCUGCUGAUGCUGUUGCUAGGUUAUCUGGUACUGUUGGUGCUGCCGUGGUGACUGCUGGUCCAGGACUGACUAACACAGUGACUGCCGUCAAGAAUGCUCAGAUGGCUGAAUCACCUCUUUUGUUGAUGGGUGGGGCUGCAGUUACCCUGCUGAAGGGUAGAGGAGCUCUCCAAGACAUUGAUCAAAUGUGUCUAUUUAAACCUAUAUGUAAAUUUACAGCAACUAUUCGUUACAUUCGGGAAAUUAAACCAACGCUGCGGAAAGCGCUGUCUAUAGCACAAUCUGGAACACCAGGUCCUGUUUUUGUUGAAUUUCCAAUUGAUACUUUGUAUCCAUACCAAAUUGUAUCAAAGGAAAUAAACCCCAAAAAACCUGCAAAUAAAAAAUCUAGUAUUGGACAAAAGAUCACAGAUUGGUAUCUAAAUAAUUACUUGAAGAAUUUACAUGCUGGUGCCUGGGAAGAGAGAGAUAGCAGUCCUUUACCUGUCUACAGACCCAUGGCCAGUCCUUCUGAAGUUCAAACGUCUGCAGAGUAUGUGAGUAGAUGUAAGAAACCUGUAAUAUUGUUAGGAAGUCAGUCUACAUUGCCACCAACACCAGUGGAUCAACUGAGAAAAUCAUUAGAGAUCCUUGGCAUUCCAUGCUUUCUUGGUGGUAUGUCGAGAGGUCUUCUAGGAAAAAACAGUCCAAUUCACAUACGUCAACGUCGCAGAGAUGCCCUAAAGGAAGCUGAUGUUGUUAUUCUUGUUGGUAUGGUGUGUGAUUUCAGACUUGGUUAUGGUCGGGUGCUAAACAGAAAAUCCAAAAUAAUAGCUGUAAAUAGAAAUAUGGAGCAGCUAUACAAGAACUCUGACAUGUUUUGGAAGCCCUCUAUUGCAAUUCAAGGAGACCCAGCUUCAUUCAUUGUGGAGCUUCAAAAGAAACUUGAUGGAUACAAAUGUGACACUGAAUGGGUCUCAACUCUGAAAGAAAGAGACAUGGAGAAAGAAAAAACAAACAGUGAUCAAGCUCAACAAAUCACCAAUGUACAUCUGAAUCCCUUGAAGAUUUUACACUGCUUGGAUGAAUUACUGCCAAGUGAUAGUGUUUUAGUUGCAGACGGAGGUGACUUUGUUGGUAGUGCUGCGUACAUUGUCAGACCUGAUGGUCCACUGCGCUGGUUAGAUCCUGGUGCUUUUGGGACAUUAGGAGUUGGAGCUGGGUUUGCUUUAGGUGCCAAGUUGUGCCGUCCAGAUGCUGAGGUCUGGAUCAUUUAUGGCGAUGGUUCCCUAGGUUACAGUGUUGCAGAAUUUGACACAUUUACUCGACACAAGGUAAGAUUUCCACUCUUGAUUUGUGUUCUAUUCAAGAAUGAAAAAUUUACAAUUGCAAAAAUUACCUUGCAAAAAUAUUGA